AUGAAAUUCGCAUGCACAAACUAUCCUCUAUCAGCCGAGAAAAUCGAUAAUUACACUGAUGUGAUUUACAAGAAUGAAACAUUUUCACAAUCUGAUCGUUAUUAUUACACCGAAUACAUACGAUGGAAUCAAUUGUCACCAGUGAUAUUUGAUGAUAUAAAGUUAUUGAUUAUUAAAUCUAAACCUUUGUCUCUUACACCUUCAAUUCCAUUAAUGUAUUUUGGUGAACAUUUCUCAUCGUUAUCAAUAUUUCCACAAGACUGUUCAAAAUACAAAUUUUGUGAAGAUUGUAGUACUAAAGAGUACACACCAGGAAGAAAAUGUCAUUGGUGUCCGAAAUUCGACCAGUGCAAACAUCCUCGUGAUUUCAACGUUGACACCUUACUCAAGCAAGAUUGUAUAAUUCAACAAGUGGAAAGUUGUCCGGUGUCCACUAGCACACCGAUGCCACAUAUCUCAACAGAUCAGUUAAACGAUAGACCAGAUGAAGAAAUCAUAAAACCUGUGACAUCAACCACAGAAAAUGCUACAACAGGAUCACAAACCAAUGAAAACACAAAAUCUACACUUCCAUUGAUUAUGACCGACCAGUCAAACCAAACUGAUAACUAUCCGACAAACAAUCCUACACCCACUCUCCCACCGAUCAUCAUUACAAAUCAAUCAUCUGAUAAUUUGAUGCAUAACACUACUCCAACGAACGUGGAAACUACUUCAAGCAAUCCAAUUAAAUCUAAUCAUCCUCUAUUAUCACGUGAUAUACGACAGAUUUAUUCAAUCACACAUAUUAAUCAAGUCAGUAUGCGUUUUUACUUUCACUUAUUAAUGCCGUUUAUGAUUGUGGCUGUUGUUUCAAUCAUCUCAUUAAUGUGUUGGCUAAUUAAAAGACGAUUGCGCAUUGUCAAUUUUCAAAUAACUUGA